AUGGGAACGGAGCGAGCGAUCGCGAAUCCUCAGGGCCCGCCCGGUCGCACCUGCACCGGGCUCGCCAGGUGCAUCGUCCUAGCUCCGUCGGGGGCACGUGACCGCCUCCAAGCAGCGAUGUCCCGAUGCUGUCGUACGCCGCUAUCCCGUACCGGAUGGUACAACCUGCGUGCACUAUGGCCUGGACAGCUUGCACCGCGACGCGACAUCGUCGGGCAGCGCGGACAUCUCUUCCGAUUUGGAUUCGCCUGCGGAUCCCGCUUACCACCUCGGUCGAUCACCUACCCCGGAAGGGAACUGCGAGUUUAUAGCAAAGGAAGUCGCGUCGGAGAUGAGGCCACCGAUUCCUUCGUCGAAUUCUGGGCCAUCAAGUCAAACGGGCCAUACGGUGACAGACCAAGCAGAAAUGGCUACGGAGGAACAAGUGCAAAAGCAAAUGAGGAUAUACCCUCAAGCGUCCAGAGCGUGGAUACAGUUAAAUCUAGUGAUGAGGCGCUUAUAGAAGAUUUGGAAGUGGAACUUCUGGAGGCCAUUGGAAACCGAGUGGCGGCAGAAAGGGUACUGGCACCAGCCAUUCCAAGAAGUGUCGCGGUCCGCUUGGAAGAUAUUUUAAAGAAAGGGCUGCCAAAGGAGGAAAGAGAAAAAGACCGACGACCUUUUAUGGUGGGCACGGAAUGUGUUAUAAAGAGUCGCGAGUAUCGCGUGUACAAGUUGAAUAUUUUUUCAGACGCCUCUCGUACAGGUUGGGGCGUGUCGUGCGACACAGGUAGAGCUCAUGGCCAAUGGGAUAAUUCAGACAAAUUACACCAUAUCAAUUACCUAGAAUUACUAUCAGCUUUUUUCGGACUAAAAUGUUUUGCUAGGGAUCUCAGAAAUUGCAAUAUUCUAUUAAGGAUUGAUAAUACGACAGCGAUUUCUUACAUAAACCGUAUGGGCGGUGUUAAAUUCAAGAAACUAAGUAGUCUUGCUAGGUCCAUUUGGGAAUGGUGCGAGGAACGCGAAAUAUAUGUUUUCGCGUCGUAUAUUUCGUCAAGUAAUAACAAAGAAGCAGACUUUGAGUCAAGAAGGUUAGAUAACGAAACGGAAUUUGAAUUAUCUGAGAUAGCCUUUCGCAAGAUAGUUAGGAAUUGGGGUUACCCAGAAAGAACCACACUCUCUCUGGAAGACACUUACCCUGGUAGCAGGGAAGUUAUCAGGGAAGCGUUUCGGAUAAAGGGCAUCCCAGAAGAAUCCAUAAAGAUUUUUAUAUCUUCCCUAAGCGAGUCAUCCCUUAAGCAAUACGACGCCUCUUUGAGGAAAUGGUGGUUGUUUUGUACAACAAGGAGAUUACCUUUAUAUAGAGUAGAGGUGUUAAAUAUCAUUAAGUUUCUAACCUUGGAAUAUGAAAAAGGAGCGUCUUAUGGAUCGCUUAAUUGCACUCGAUCCGCUAUUUCGCUUAUUUCAGGCCCAGAGAUUGGGAAAAACGAAAUAAUUAGGAGAUUUUUCAAGGGGCUAUCGAAAUUGAGACCCCCAGAGCCAAAAUACGAUUCCACUUGGGAUCCGAAGACAGUUUUAGAUUAUUUUAAGGAACGCUCAAAUAAAGAUUUAGCUUUAGAGAAACUCAGUAAGAAAUUAGUGACGUUGCUAGCGUUAGUAUCAGACCAAAGAAUGCAGACUUUAUCAUUAAUCGACUUAAGAAACAUAGUUAUAAAGAAAGACUUAAUAGAAAUUAAAAUUCCAGAUAGAAUUAAAACGUCUAAACCAGGAUCAAAACAACCAAUAAUUGCUUUACCCUUUUACAAGAAAAACCUGAAUAUUUGUCCCGCUAAUACGUUGCAAACUUACAUAAGAAAGACCAAAGAACUCAGGAAAGAUAUCAAUGCCUUAUUCAUAUCUUUUAGAAGACCUUUUAAGAAA